AUGUGCACAAAUAGCUAUUUUCAAACUGACAAGGAGGCUCUCGAGGGUAUAGUUGACUCUUUCGAAGCUGCAGGAGAGCUUCUACUAGUUGCAGUUGAAGGUGCAAUUAUUGAACCGUUCGGAAUAGAGUUCGCAAGAUGUUGUGGUGAGGCCCCAGCUCCACAAACCUACACCCGGACACUGACGAAGGCGCUGCAACACAGCGACGACCCCAAAUGCCUCUGUCAUCCACGCCCAAAAAAGCCAUUCCCAAAGCUUGAGCUCGUCAUCAGGGGCUCAAAGCCUGAAGAGUCCCGUCGACUUGACCAAGUGGGCGCGCAACUCGAUGUUGUGUUCGACCUUAUUGGAAACGGCCUGACCCUGCGAGAGACGAUCGGGGACCCUACCGUCGCUAAAGCCUCCUACUCGAUUGCGUUUCUUCUCAAGUCAAAGAUGAUAGAUUUCGUGAACUUGCAGGGCCUGUCUGAUGAUUCACUCCUUCUGUCUUUUCGAAUGCAGCCUUCGUUCUGCACUGCGACGGGUAAGGGUCGGAUGACGUACAAGGAGAAAUACCAAGGAUUCUCACCGAACCGACUCGAGAGUAGACUGUACAAUGACUUCUAUUCCUGCAAUUGGUUCGAGCAGCAUCUUGAGCUGCUUCUGCCGGCGGAGCGUAUCAUGGGCUGGAAGACGGUUGCUCUUGUUCUGAAGACAUUCCAGCGCAUCACGCCAGAGAAUUGGUGCCAUAUGGUGAAGCUGAGGAAUAGACCGGGCGUAGCUGGCCUGAACUGGAUGGCUAUUGAAGACAAGGUGAUGCCUAGGAAGAUUCAGGCGCCCGUCGUCCUCUUUCCGUCUGAGGAAGAGAAGAAGAUGCACUAUCUUAUCGAAAAGAAGAAAGCGGCAGCAAAGAGGGCCAUGCAAAAGCAGGGGCUCCUUUGCAACUAUUGA